AUCCUUAAUAUUAAAUUGUAGUUGUUACAAACUCAGAAAGUUGCAACAAUAUUGUAAUAUUGCAUAUUAUAGUGCAAUAUUGUAGAAGCAUUGUAAACACAUAUAUUUAUAAUAUAAUUGCAACAAUGUACAGUAAUAUUUCAUAAACAUUGCAAAAAUAACAUAACAUUUUUUAACUUGAUUACUAGUUAUUUUAAUUACUAGUACUUUAAAGUAAUUCAGUAAUAUUUUACAUCAUUGUUUAUCUAAUGCCAGUCUAAGGCCAAGUUCUACAACAUCCGUUUAAUUUUAACUACCGGUUAAGUCCAAAUAGUGAUUGGUUAAUUCUGAUUAACUCUUCUUAAUGUCAAGUGCGAUUGGUCAAGUCCAGUGGAAUAACCAACUAGCUAAGUUAAUUGGAGGUUGUGGAACUAAGUCUAAAUGGCAGUCUUAAUAUUUGAAUUUCUUUAUAAUAUUCUUUGUAACAUUGAUAAUUAUUGUGAGAAUAUCUUUUGAUAAUUUAGUUAUGACGUGAUAAGUAAAAGAAAUAUGUUACUUUGAGACAUUAGAUUAUAGUAAUAUGUUAAAUGGUUUUUUCUAAAUAGUUAUAUAACAGUUACUAUUACCUUAAUUUAAAAUAAACAUUUACUUAGAGAGAGAGAGACUGUGAUCUUCAUUGCCAGCACUUAAAAUUUAUAAUAUACAUAACAUGAACUACAGAUUCAUUCAUUAUUGAAUAAUUAUUAUUGAAUUGUUUCUAAUAUUUACAAGAAGUAUCGAAAGUGCAGUAAGGAAAUUAACAAAGGAAAUGAAGAAAUAUAUAACAGCUUUGAUAAAUUUGGAUAAAGCAGAUCAAAGAUUAAGUAUAAAUCUAACUAGUUGUGGAUUGGCAUAUAAUGAUGGUGAAUACAGAAGAAUAGUGGAAGAAUAUUUUUCUGUCGCUGCGCAAGUUGGCAGAAACAUUCAAGAAAUGACUAGUCUAUGUCAUAAAACAUUUAUAGAUCCUCUGAAGAAAUUAAGGAACGAAUUCGUCACUAUUGCUGCAGCAAUAACAAAACGUGAGGAUCUAGUAACUUCAUGGAAAUACUCGUAUAAUCGUGUAAAGAAAUUGCAAGAGAAGAAAGAUAGAACUGCCAAUCAUAUUGCAAAGUUAGAAAGAGAACGAAGAGUAGAAAAAGCAGCCGCUAAAGAUUUGAAAACUAUACACACACAAUUACUUAUGGAGUUACCAGUAUUCCUCGAGAAAAGACUUGAAUAUAUUAAUCCUUGCAUUCAUGCAGUGAUUAUAAUACAAUUAAACUAUUAUGGAUGUGCGACACAGCUAUAUACACAGUUAAUGCCUAUGCAGUACUCUGAAUUAAUUUCAAGUGUAACAUUAUCUGAAGAGGAAUAUCAGCGAGUUGUAAAAAGUGAAUUAAAUAGAUUAAAAGCACUAACAAUAGUAAAGGAUUUUUAAACAGAAAAAAAUAUUACAUUUAUUUAGUAUUUAAAAUAAUCUUACAAAAAAUAUAUCAUAUACUUGAAAAAAAUUUGUUUAUUCAUUAAAUAUAUAUAUGCGUGCACAUAGAAUGGACUAUUUUAAUGCAUUAUCUUCAAUUUAAUUAAUUAUUAGUUUAGAAAAAAAUAUUUUUAUAAAAUAUAUUUGUCUUCAAGGGUGAAAUGAGAUUAUGACUUUAUUUAAAUUUUUUAGGUUACUCCUUUAAGGUCAUAUUAAGGGAUUAUACCUACCUGCAAGAUUAAAAAAAACUCGCUUUUUUGGGAUUUUUUUUAUUAAAUAAAAAAUCUAUUUCUGCUUUUUAUUGGAUAAAAUAUAUUUUGAACAAUAUCUACGAUUUUUUUCAGUAAAAAAUAUUAAUGACUUGCUAUAAUUUCAGCCAUCAUCCGGAAGUCUGCAUUUUAUAUGUUUUACGGUGAGCAGCACCAAACCGAGAUUUUUCAUCUAAAAUAAAAAAUCUAAAGAAUCUGUUAUAGUACAUUCUACAAUUCAGUCCUUGACCAAUGGAUUUUUUUUAAAUCAACCAGAAAUAAAUGGCGGCUGUUAGAAAAAUGCGAUAUCGAAUUUUCACUAAAAAUAGUCGUAGUUUUUUAAUUGUAAAAAAUAAUGCAUCGGAGAAAAAAAUCAUGAUCAAGGACUAAAUUAUAUUGUGGGCUAUAUUUGUGCAAAAGUUGAGUGGUUGAACGGUUCUUGAGAUAUUUUGCUCACCGACUUGAAAAACAUAGUUUUGAGAAAAACGUGUUUAAAGUAUCAAGUUAUAUUUACACUUGAAUGAAAUGAAAAUUUUUUGAACUUA